AAAUCAUCUCCAUGUCAGUUGUCCCAGAUCGACGGUUUCAUCGCCAAGAAGUAUCGCACUGAAGAUGCCUAGCCUCACUGAUGAGCAAAUAAAGUGACUUGCCCAUCACAACAAGAAUGAUGUAGGCAGCAGAAACAGAAUGGCAGCCAGGGUGGCAAGCUGUUUUCAGUGGAUAGUAAUAUACACACUUGCCUAAAAGAGUGAAACCUCAGCUGAAUGGCAGGAGUCUUGCUGCAGGAUGUUUGCGUCAAGAAAACCAGAGUUGUUUCUGAGAUGCUUGUGCUAUUGUUUCUAACGUCAACAUUCCUUGGUCUUGCAUCGGCAGGUCAAGGGAUUUGCUACCCAAAGUACGGCUGUUUCCAUGACAACCCGCCGUUCAAUCGUCCUCUCGUACCACUUCCUCAUCCUCCCGACAGAGUUGGUACAAACUUCCGGCUCUUUACUCGUUCCAAUCCCCUCAUUUCAAACGUCAUCGACGACAGUGACGUCAGCAAGCUACAGGCCUCUAGGUACGACGGGAAGAAAAGGACGAUUAUCAUAGUUCAUGGUUUUAUCGAACAUGGUUCAGUCCCUUGGAUGAACAGGAUAAGACAUGCUCUGAUCAAACAAGAGGACGCAAACGUCAUCACCACAGACUGGUCUAGAGGAGCGACCAUUCCAUACGAACAGGCGACCGCGAAUACGCGCAUGGUUGGCGCCCAGAUCACCGAACUGAUCAAAUUCCUCAAUAAUCAGACUGGGAACACUCCAGCCUCCUUCUACCUAGUAGGGUUCAGUCUAGGAGCGCACAUCUCUGGAUAUGUGGGCAGAAGGAUCGCAAAGACGGGACAAAAACUCAACAGAAUCACAGGCCUAGAUCCCGCCAGCAUCCAUUUUGUGAACGCACACGUGGACGUGAGACUGGACCCUAGCGACGCGGACUUUGUUGACGUCAUGCACACUGACAUGGACCUUGCGGGCACACCUACGGUCAGUGGUCACAUUGACUUCUACCCAAAUGGCGGCAAGAAACAGCCAGGGUGCCGGGACUUACUAGACGGUCCUAUUAAUUACGUGAUUUGUGACCACAUGCGCGCCCCGGAGUAUUACGCCGAGUCUGUGACCACCACGUGUCCCAUGCUCGCAUUCCCCUGUACGUCCAUGGAUGACUUUGAGCGCGGGUACUGCUUCGACUGCGAAAACAGACCGUGCCCCUCAGUCGGGUACAACGCGGGCAAGAGAAAGGGCGUGGCCACCGGGAAGCACUUUUCCUUAACUAACGCAGACAAGCCUUUUUGUGUUCACCAUUACCGCAUAUCCUUCAAGACCGGACACAGUUGGUGGGCUGGACACGCGGACGCAAUCCACGUCACCUUAUAUGGCAAAAACGGAAACAGUGGCGUAAUCAGAUUUAAGAGUCGGAAUAUCUACAAGGGUACCAAGGAGAUGUUCGUUGCCCCGGUAACCAAGGAUCUUGGAACAUUGACCAAGAUUGACGUGCGACAUAAUGGUAUCCCUGUCAUCUCCAAGUGGUUUCUGGAAAAGGUCCUCAUUCAACCAGAGAACACCGAGAGAAAGUACACUGGUUGUUUCAACUCCUGGCUGAAUAGUGCAGGCGGAAUCAGAGCUUUACAGCAAGGAGAUAACAGCUGUUAACUCGUAGUCACAUGAUUUGAUACUCCCGUUUAAUACAUCAUGUCAUUUUUUCCACAAUAAACUGCUUGUGACCCUU